AUGCCUUCUUCCGCGUACCAGCAAGGUGACAAGGUCAAGUAUCGCCCCAUUGGUGGCGACUCCGACAAUGUCUCUCACUCGACUGGCACUAUCGAAGAGGUCGUUGAAGCAGACGAUGGCUCUGUCCGUUAUGCCAUCAAGAACGACAAUACGGGCAAGACCACGGACUAUCAGGAGAUGAACAUUGUCAGCAAGAUUUGA